AUGGAUGCCACCAUGGAACAGAUUGAAUCAUUUGCUAACGACGACAAUACCACAGCUGAUAUUAUCUCUUGUCUAGAGAAAUGUGGCUGCUGUCCAAGAUGCAUAUUUAGAUUUCUGGGAGAGAAGAAUGCUUCAAGCUUUAAAUGUUAUCCUGGGUCAAUAACCGAGGUCCUAAGUGACAUGAAGAAGAAAUCUUCAACUCAAACAGAAACAGAAGCCAGUGAUAAAACAGAUAUAGAUUUCAGUCUAAGUGAUGGUCAAACUUGUCCAGCCUGUCUUGGAAUAUUACAACAAUAUCUGGACAAACCAUUUUUAACAAAGAUAAGAGAUUUUGUGACAGAAGCUGAUUAUGAGUAUAAAAGUUUCCUUUGUUCCCUGACUGUGCCGGUGUGUGUCCUUAUACGAGAGAGAGCUGUUUUAGUUUACCUACGAGACAAAUUCAAGUCAGUGUAUGAGAGUGUGACUGAGUCAGACAUCGCACGAGUCAAGGAUGUCUGGAAGUGGACAGCGGGGCCAUUGUUGGGAGAUUCUUUAGGGGUACCAUUUGAUCAAAAGAGUAAUUUUGAUAUUGCUAUCAUGUUCAACUAUCCGAGGACUUUCAAGGAAUGUGAGAUUUUUCUUGAUUACCAACCAGAAGUGUUUAAAAGAAGAAAAUUUAAGAGGGGACAAGGAGAGCUGUUCAACAGAGUUAAUGUGGCCAAGGCACUGAAAGACAUGUCGGAUAAAGAACUCAGAACAGCAUUUCAGGUUCCACCUACCAUACCUAAAGUACUGUGUGAGUGUGAGGCUAUUCACUGUACAAGGGAACCUUUGUAUAUUGCUGGUAGGUAUAACAAGUAUAAUCGCUCACUCAGUCAGACGCCAUGGUUUGUGGAUGGUGUACGUAAGAGUGAAUCGUCAGUGGAGGAGAGGAUCUGUGAUCACCUCAAGAAAUAUUUCAAAUAUUCAGAUUCCAAAUUCUCGGCAUCGGGUCGUGAGGAUGUUGAUGUACUCAUGCUUGGAACAGGUCGACCGUUUGUUGUGGAGUUAUUGGACCCUCAUAAAGUUACUUUCUCUAAGGCAGCUAUUUACAACAUACAGAAGGAAAUAAAUGCUGCUUCCUCAGAGGUACAAGUGAGAGAUUUACAAAUAGUUCCCAAAGAGGCAACAAACAACCUGAAAGAAGGAGAGAUGGAGAAGACAAAGACAUACUCAGCCUUCUGCUGGAGUGCAGAAGUGCUGGCACAGGAGAAAUUGGAGGAAUUAGGCGCUAUGAAAAAUGUUGUGUUACAACAGAAAACACCCAUCAGAGUCCUACACAGACGUCCGUUGGCUACAAGGGAGAGAACUGUGUACACGAUGUCUGCUGAGAGGGUUGAUGACCACCAUUUUAAACUAAACCUUGAAACACAAGCUGGGACGUAUAUAAAAGAGUUUGUUCAUGGUGAUUUUGGCCGUACAACUCCGAACAUGAGCACAUUGACGGGGACGGAAUGUGAUAUUCUACAGCUUGAUGUACUAUCUGUGCUAUUGGACUGGCCCGAGUCUAUCGAGGACAGGUGAUACAGAGUGUUUUAUAGGACUGAAUUUUAAAGUGAUGCAGCAAUGCUAUGUACUGCUGAUAAAUGCUUGUCUGCAAAGGUGACAUUCACAGUGAAUCAAAAUUAUGUUGCCUCGGAAACAGCAAUACCAAGAAAUAAAACACUGAUAGAAUUUCAGUUUUAAAACAAAUGAAAUAAAAUCAGCAUUACUAAUGA